UUGUCGGUCAGACCGGAAUGUGGCUACAUUAAAGGCUGGGAUCUUUACUGACGGACACAAAUUAGCUCAAAGUCAAAGGGACUGUAUUCUGGUGAGUCUUAUUUAAAUAAUCUGGAUAUUACAGAAAUGGCUGAGAAAGAUGCUCUUCUUGAAAGUUUCCUGAGCUGCCACGUGUGCUCAGAGACUUUCAGAGAUCCUGUGUCUCUGAGCUGCAGCCACAGCUUCUGUUCAAGCUGCCUGCAGAAAUUCUGGGAACAAGCUAAAAACAAAAACUGUCCCAUUUGUAAAAGAUCUUCAAAGGAUGAACCAUCCAUAAAUCUUUCUCUCAAAGAACUUGCUGACUCCUUUGCUAAGAAGCAGAGUGAUAGCUCACCUGAAGAGAAGGAGAGGGAGGAGGUGGUGUGUGAGAAACAUCCAGACGUUCCUUACUGGUUCUGUGUGGAUGAAGAUAGAGCUGUGUGUCCUGUGUGUGAGUUUUCUCUCCAUCAGAGUCACAAAGUGGUUCCUGUAGAAGAAGCAGUCAGUGACCUGAAGGAGCAGCUGAAAUCUGCCUUAAAGUCUCUGCAGGACAAGAGGAACAAAUACAAACAAGUGGAGGAAACCUACAAUGAAGUGAUUGAACACUCCAAGAAGCAGCUGUUGUCCACAGAGAGGCAGAUCAGAGCAGAGUUCAACAAGCUCCACCAGUUCCUGAGAGAGGAAGAGGAGUCCAGACUGGCAGCUCUGAGGGAGGAAGAGGAGCAGAAGGGGAGGACUAUGAGCAGAGAGAUGAAGAUGAUUGAGGAGCAGAUCUCCUCUCUGUCAGACAGCAUCUCUGCUGUUGAAGAAGAGCUGCAGAAACACAGCGUGCCAUUCCUCAGCAGUUAUAAAGCCACUCAGAGCAGAGCCAGAGCCCAGAGCUCACUGUCAGAUCCACAGCUGCUCUCAGGAGCACUGAUAGAUGUGGCCAAACACCUGGGAAACCUGUCCUUCAGAGUGUGGGAGAAGAUCAAGGAGAAGCUCCACUUCAGUCCUGUCAUUCUGGACCCAAACACUGCACACUGCUGUCUCUGUCUGUCUGAUGAUCUGACCAGUGUGAGACAAGGAGACACAGAGCAGCAGCUUCCUGACAAUCCAGAGAGAAACACUUAUUAUCCCGAUGUUUUUGGCUCUGAGGGCUUCAGCUCAGGGAAACACAGCUGGGAGGUGGAGGUGGGAGACCAUCCUGACUGGUUUGUAGGUUUAGUUAAAGAGUCAGUCGACAGGAAGGGAGAGUGUCCUGCUUCACCAAAAUCUGGAAUCUGGUGUUUAAUACAUGGCAGUGGAAAAUACACUAAUGGUGUUGGUCAGACUGUGACAGUGAAGAAGAGUCUCCAGAGGAUCAGAGUCCAGCUGGACUAUGACAGGGGGGAGGUGUCCUUCUACAACCCUGAAGACAUGACUCACAUCUACACUCACAGACACACUUUCACUGAGAAACUCUUCCCAUUUUUCAGUGUUGGAGAAUCAGGAGAUGCCAAAACCUGUGAUAUCAAAAUGUGUCAGAUUUCACAGUAAAGUGAUUCUUUUUUAACGUCUGUGUGGUGAUUUUUUUAUGUGUGUUGUUUUUUUCUUUAGGCUUAAAGAAUCAGAUUUUAGCACCAAUGACAUGAUGGGACACAUCUUUCUGUUUUAUAUAAUGUUCAGGAUAUUCCCAAAGCACACAAUGAGACUUUUUGGAUCACAUGUAGAUUUUCUUUCUUUUUCAGCUGCCAAACAAAACUGUUUUCAUUUGUUACUUUCUGAUGUUUUCACUUGAAAGCAUUGAAGUCAUUUUUAUUGAUCUUUUUGAAGCAGAUUAUUGAUGCUGAUAUAAUCAUUGAGCUGCUGUUUGUUUCCCAUGUGUGUCAGUACAGAUUACUGUUCACUGUCUGACACACAAUUACAUUUAUUCAGUGAUAUUCAGGAAAUGUCUUCAAUUGUGUUUGUCAUUGUUCCAAAUUGAUCUUUGUCCUGAAUGUUGAGUCUAAAUCACAGUGACUAAAAACUAGAGAGAAAACUGCAGAUUCUUGAUUCCAGCUGCAACUAAAGACUAUUUAACAAAAUCAUCUGUUGAUGUUUUAGUCAAUGAAACAGCAGAAAAUGAGUGAUAAAGACACCAAAGGCUCACAUAUGAGUCCAUGUUCUGUAUGUCUAUGAACACAAACACUGAUUUGAUCCUUCUUGAACAUUGAUGCUGUUAAAGUUGCUGUUUGUUCCAGUGUGUUUAUGUCAGCUUCAGCUCACAAAGAUUUAUUGUCUCUAUCAGACGUUUUGUUCAUGCUUUCUUUUCCUGUUCUUAUCCGGGGGUUACAGCAAACAUUUGCUCUGUCAUUGAUUAUUAUUUUGCUCCACAGCAGCAGCAGAGCUGCUUUGUUGUAAAGGCUCAUAGAAAUUAUUGAUCCAACUGUCUGAAUUCAAUCUGGCCUUUGAUUUUGUUGUGUUGCGUUCAUGGAACUCACAGCAGUUACACAAAAACCAAAGGACCUGUUUCCAUAUCACAAUAUUUGAGCCACUGAGGGUUAUUAGUUUUCUUUAAGGAAGGUUUUGCUUUGCUUGUUUUUGCCUUUUAAAUGUUUACAAACAGAUGAUAAAGUUUUUUCUUCCCUGCUAAUCUCCAUCCACACUCCAGUCCAGUAGGUGGCAGUAAUGCACCUGUAAGUUGGCUCCAUUAAAA